GUGAGUGCAGCCCAUGAAGAUUCACUUCACUUCUGCCUCUGACCACUGAGACACUGACCUCGGAGCUGUGAGAUCCGUCAAACAUCUACAACCUCACAAUGUCUCCUAACACCUCCGUGCCGCUCCACAUCCUCAAGUCCUCUGAGGACGACCACAGGACAACGGUGGACAUCGACACCAUCAUGGACACCUUCAGCAUCGUCCUCUACACACUGACUGUGGUGCUCGGCAUCACCGGGAACUCCGUGGUGAUCUGGGUUGCUGGAUUCAAGCUCAAGCCGAACGCCAUGAACGUGUGGCUGGUGAAUCUGGCGAUGGCCGACCUGAUCUUCUGCUUCACUCGCACCUUCUCCCUCAUCAAGAAGUUAUUCUUUGGCAAAUGGCCCUUUGGCGUCUUCCUCUGCAAGUUCAACGGCUUCUUCAAAUACGCCAACAUGUUCUGCUCCGUCUUCCUGCUGGCAGUGAUCAGUCUGGACCGAACGCUCUGCGUCUGGCUGCCCGUCUUCACCAAGCGACGGCGCACCCUGUGGGCCGCGAGGGUGGUGGCUGCCUGCGUCUGGGCGGCGUCGAUCGUCCUCAGCAGUCCGUACUUCGUCUACCGACAGGUCUACCUGGGGAAGAACAACAAGACCAAGUGUUCUUUUGAGGUGAAGGAGACAUCACAGGGCGACCAAAGCAUCAAAGUUGCUCUUUACUCCAUCCGCUUCAUAUGUGGCUUCAUGCUGCCUUUCCUGGUCAUCAUCAUGUGCUACUUCCUCACCGGCCUUGGCAUCCGCCGCACACGUCUGUCUGGGAAAAAGCGUCCUCUACGUAUAUUAGCGUCCUUAGUGAUUGCGUUCUUCCUGUGCUGGGCUCCGUACCACUGCCUCCAGCUGGUGAAGAUGGUGGACAGUGAGAACAAGGUGGUGAAGAUAUGGCACCCUGUGGCAAAGGGCCUCACCUACUUUAACAGCUGCAUCAACCCGCUGCUGUACUUCUGCAUGGGGCUGAACGUGAGGGGGCGGUUCAGGCAGAGUCUGUCGGGGGUGUGCAGAAAGGCUCUGGCGGAUGACGUGGAAGGACAGAUGACCCAGUCCAACGACCUCUCCCUGGACUACAGUGGAGGAUCGAGACAAACCGCUGCCGUGGCGACAAGAAGGAGUCAGGCAGCAGUGGACGUAGGUAAAGUUUGAACCUCUCAGACUGAUCGGUCAGAUUUAAGGACCAAACACGUGACGUGGUUUAAAUCACUGUGAAGAGGAAGGGGGAAGUUGGACAGUAAAUGUAUUUCAGAGUGAAACUGAAGGAAAUAUAUUCAAAUAUAAAUUAAAGGGGAAUCGAACUUUUGGAAUCAGUUCAUCGUCUCCGUCUGCAGCUGCGACACGAAGUCCUGGCAACAGUGACAGUCCAGGAAAUGUCCACUAGAGGUGCUAACCCUAACCCUCACCAAGGACAGACUGUAAUUGUCUCACGUUCAAAUAUUCAAGAUAAGUCUUAAAAAAGGGAUGUAAAUAAACAUAUUUAGAGAAAGGAAACAAAGCAAUUAGCCAAUUAAUUCUUAAUUAAACAGGAACAUCUCUCAGCUCACACCCCCACUCAACAGGCUCCUUGUUAAACCACGUUUAAAUCUUUAUUUGGAUCUGCACCAAUUUCCACACACUCAUUAAUAUCAGUCGUCUGUUACAGAAAGAGAAAAAGAAAAGGAUGUGUAGUGUUUGCAGUAUAUAAUUCAAGAGAUAUAUUUUAAGUUUAAUGUACAUAUAUUUUUGUCAUUUAAGAUUCAUUUAGAAUAUAUGUAGGGUUCAAUAACUUGUUAGAUUCUGUUGUACUCACACCUUCCACCAAGUUAUUGUGUAAUCCUGCUUAUGAAUAAUGAAAGGGGGAUGAAAACAUAUUCUUUUUGGCGGAGGUGACAAUGAUAAACAUUGACAGAUUUUCUAAAAUCAGGAAAUAACCCCAAAGAAACGAGGUUACUAGUUUGAUGUGUUAUGUAUAGAUCAUGUUUGUGAUAAUAAAACUUCUGUAUUCGAACUGACCGAUUGUGGAAGUUGUGAUGGAGCAAAAAUAACAUUCAGAUAUUUGUGUUAAAAUGUUGCAAGUAGAAAAUCAUAAAUAAAUACUCAAGUAAAGUACA